UAGAGUACGUGCAAAGAGGGGUACGUGUGUGAUUGUGGCAGGAAGGAGUGCGCAGAAAAAAUCGACCCAUAAUGCACCGCUUCAGGCUGACAAGUGGAUCCAAGAUGGCGUAGAAAGUAAAGCUAGAAACUCUGUCCCAGAGUCAUGGAGGACAGGAGGCCACAGAAGUCAUGUGACGAGGCCAUCGGAUCAUUAGUGAGGCAGGAGUAUGAGGCGGCAGUGGCCCACAGCACAGAUGCCCUGCUGGCUUUGGGGCCCAGGACCCCGACCCCCGGCACGGCCCUCCUUUACAAGCGCGCGCUGCUCUACCGUAUAGCAGCUCGACUGCAGCUGAAGGACUACGACCAGGCUGAUGAAGACUGCAAGCAUGUGUUUGCUGAGGAGCUGGGGGCGGGAGAAGGCGGUUUUAGGGCGGGGCUUCAGAACCUGCUGCUGGACGGAAGCUUACAGGAAGUGUGCAGUGUUCUCUCUAAAGCGCUCUAUGGAGAACCGCUGAAUGGCAUCAUGACUAAAGACAUGACACGACUGAAGAGGCUGCUCUCAGAGAUAGAGGCCGUGAGGAGUAAAAUGGAGUCAGAGAUGCCUGUAGAGAUCGAGGAGGAUGUUGAGGAGGGCUGGCAGUUUCGUCCUCCACCUAGAGGAGUCACCAGCAGUGAAGAGUACACGCUGUGUAAAAGGUUUUUGGAGCAGGGUCUGUGUCGGUACGGGGCUCAGUGCACAUCGGCUCACUCGCAGGAGGAGCUGACGGAGUGGCAGCAACGUUAUGCCUCUCGACUCAUCCGCCUCAAACAGCAGCAGGAAGGGAAACAUUUCACAGAGAACUACAUGGAGGCACUCAUUGAGAAAUGGAUCAACUCCCUCACGCCCGAGAGAGUGAUGAGUGACUGUGUGGAUGGGGUUACUGUGAACCACAACUCAGACCUCUCAAUUACUGUCAACAGCAAGAAAUCAUCUCACUCCUGGACAUUCAACCUCUUCUGCAAGCCGGUUCGUACGCUGCACCGCAUCGCUCUGCUUUACGAUGCCAAUCGGCCUCACUUCUCCAUCGCGGCGGUCUCGGCCGGGGACGCGUCCACCCAGGUGCCUCAGGAGGUGGCUGAGGGGGGCUGUCAGGAGUGGAGCGCAGCCGGUCUGGUACAGAACGGCAUGGACCACUGCGUGUACACCGUGGUGGUCUCCUUCAGCACGGAGAUCUUCGGUACGUUUCGGCAGACCGUGGUGUUUGAUUUCGGAUCGGAGCCCGUGCUCAUGCAUCGAGUGAUGGUGGACGCCGCCUCCAUUGAAGAUCUAGAGCAUCUGAUGCAAGCGCGGCAGCAGCUUCUGAUGACGGCCAAGCGCUGGGACUCGUUGUGUAAAACCAUUGUUGAGUUCGUCCCGAAUGAGAACAUGGAGCUGGAACGCAGUCUACUGACCCGAUAUCAGAUCCCGCUAUCUGCUGAUCAGCUCUUCACCCAGUCCGUCAUGGACAAAACCCUCACCAGAGACAACUAUCAGUCCCGCUUCCACGACCUGCUCUACAUCGAGGAGAUUGCUCAGUAUAAAGAAGUCAGCAAAUUCAACAUCAAAGUUAACCUGCAGCUGGUGAACAGCUUUAUGUUGACUGGCAUUUCUGGCGGUGCAAAGUACGCUCAGAACGGACAGCUGUUCGCACGCUUCAAACUGACAGAGACAUUGUCUGAAGACACUCUGGCCGGCAGACUCGUCAUGACAAAGGUCAACUCCGUCCUGCUCCUGCCUGUCUUUAAGGAGCGACUGGGUCAGAACCAGCCGUCAGGAGCCAAGGAGCGUGUGUACGAGGCCGUGAUCGAGGAAAAGACAAAAGACUACAUCUUUCUACGGGUCUGUAAGCACUGCUGUGAGGAGCUGGGACUUGUCGCGGAUCAGGAGAUGCAGGUGGAGCUGCAGUUUCAGCUUAACAGACUUCCUCUGUGUGAGAUGCACUACGCUCUGGAUCGCAUCCGAGAUAACAGCAUCCUGUUCCCAGAUGUCAGCCUCACUCCCACAAUUCCCUGGAGUCCCAACAGUCAGCGUGUGAGUUCUCGUGCUCCGUGUUUCCGUAGGCAGUGGGACGAGCAGCUGGAUCCCCGUCUGAACACUAAACAGAAGGAGGCUAUUCUGGCCAUCACCACCCCCCUCUCCAUCAGCCUCCCGCCGGUGCUCAUCAUCGGACCCUACGGCACGGGCAAGACCUUCACGCUGGCCCAGGCUGUCAAACACAUCCUCAAACAGCCCGAGACACGAGUUUUGAUCUGUACCCAUUCAAACAGUGCUGCGGAUCUCUACAUUAAAGAUUAUCUUCAUCCAUACGUGGAGGCUGGCAAUCCACACGCACGACCUCUCAGGGUUUACUUCAGGAACCGCUGGGUAAAGACGGUACACCCGCUGGUUCAACAGUACUGCCUGAUCUCUGGCGCCUACUUCACCUUCCAGAUGCCCACGAGACAGGACGUGGAGCACCACCGCGUGGUGGUGGUGACGCUCAGCACAUCCCAGUACCUCUGCCAGCUUGACCUAGAGCCAGGGAUCUUCACACAUAUCCUGUUGGACGAGGCAGCUCAAGCCAUGGAGUGCGAGACCAUCAUGCCACUGGCGCUGGCCACUAAGGGCACUCGUGUGGUGCUGGCAGGAGAUCACAUGCAGCUCAGUCCGUUUGUGUACAGCGAGUUUGCGCGUGAGCGGAACCUGCACGUGUCUCUGCUGGACCGUCUGUACGAGCAUUACCCCUCCGAGUACCCCUGCAGGAUCCUGCUGUGUGAAAACUACCGCUCUCAUGAGGCAAUCAUCAACUAUACGUCUGAGCUCUUCUACGAUGGCAAACUGAUGGCCAGCGGGAAACAGCCCCCCCAUAAAGACUUCUACCCUCUUACCUUCUUCACCGCUCGUGGAGAGGACGUGCAAGAGAAGAACAGCACGGCUUACUACAACAACGCCGAGGUGUUUGAGAUAGUUGAGCGUGUGGAGGAGAUGAGGAAGAAGUGGCCGGUGGCUUGGGGAAAGCUGGACGAGGGGAGCAUCGGGGUGGUCUCGCCCUACGCUGACCAAGUCUUCCGCAUCCGUGCCGAACUGCGUAAAAAGAGGAUGCCAGAGGUCAGCGUGGAGAGAGUGCUCAAUGUCCAGGGCAAGCAGUUCCGUGUGCUGUUCCUGAGCACCGUUCGCACCCGUCACACCUGCAAACACAAGCAGACGGCCAUCAAGAGAAAGGAGCAGCUGGUGGAGGACUCCACAGAAGAUCUGGACUACGGCUUUCUCUCCAACUACAAGCUGCUCAACACAGCCAUCACUCGAGCGCAGUCCCUGGUGGCUGUGGUGGGAGACCCCAUAGCGCUCUGCUCGGUGGGACGCUGCAGAAAGUUCUGGGAGACCUUCAUCUCCAUAUGUCAUGAGAACCACAGUCUACACGGCAUCACUUUUGAACAGAUUAAGAUCCAGCUGGAGGCCCUGGAGCUGAAGAAGACCUAUGUGCUCAACCCACUGGCCCCUGAGUUCAUCCCCCGCGCCCUGCGCUCGCACCAUCUGCAGGGUCCCGGCAAGCACCAGCACUCCCCACCGAAGGUGAAAGGACAGCUGGCCAAUCACACGGAGCCGUUCCCCCCUGAAGGCUUUGUUCAGCCCAGUGCUGCUGUGUUGAUGGGAAACCCCAUUCAGGCGUUCACCCCGCCGGGGACAGGAGCUCCCACCUCGGGUAAAUCCCCCAGCCCUGUCCAGAGACUCGACCCUGGAGCCAGUAUCCUAUAUGUGCCUGCAGUGUACGGGGGCAAUGUGGUCAUGCCCAUGCCUCUUCCUAUAAGUUCUGGACAGCUUCCUUUGCCGUGGCCCAGCUAUCAGAGUCGCUUUGCUAUGGAUCCUCGCAUCAUGAGUCAUCAGGCUGCCAUGGCUGCGUACUUGCGACCGGCAGCCAAUCGAACCUCGCCUGUGUUGUAUGGAUUCAGUCACCCGUCUCCUCUAGGCCUAAACCAGCAGGCCAACACUGAUAAAGAGCUUCUACAAGAGCCCAGCGGCAACGGGAAAAUCGAUAUUAAUGGAAAAGCGGAGCAUUGCAGGCUGCUGACGCCUGAGCGGAAAGCCCCUGAGCUGAAAGGAAAACAGGGAGACCCGGAGUCGGCGCAGAACAAGAGUCCCGAGCCCCAGUCCAGCGUGGGCUUCCCCGCCAGCCGUCUCAUGCGCAAAGACCCACAGACCCAGAGGGGCCUAAACUUCCACCUGGGGCCCCCGCAUCCCGCUUUCCCCCCUCACCACCCGAACAACCAGUUCCCACAGCAGUACGGACUUUCCAGACCCCCUCUCCGUAUGCAGACCCCCGUCCAUCCCCAGUCCUCCUCUUUCCCCCCUUCGUUCUUCAGCGGACCUCCGAUGGCACACCGUGGACUUCAGUCACCCGUCCUGGAGGGUUUGAAGGGCGAGGGCUCGAUGGGAGCCAUUCCAGGAGGUGUGUCUGAGGAUCUGAAGGGUGUGGUGAGAGGUCUGCCUCCACAGACGCACCAGCAGCCCCUGCGUCUCAACAGCUUCGGAGAGGAGAGUUUAGACUCUCUGCUGGGUGAUACUCUGGAUGGUCAGGUAUCCUCAGGGCUGGAUGCUCUGGGCCAGCAUCAGCAUCAUGCUCGUAUGGGUCAGUGGGGUGAACACACCCCCUUCAUGCAGCCUGGAGUCCCUCCUUUUCCUCUGCCCCAGCAGUUGGCUCAUCUCGGCCAGCCGGGUGUGCGGCUCCCCCAGCAGCUUCUCCGAGCCGGCUGGGGCCUGGGACCAUCUGCUGAAGAAGAGCAAAGACCUGCCAUGCCCAGAUAUCCCAGUCUGUUGCGUGAGAUGCUCCCCCAGGAGCAUUAUGAGCAGCGCGAGCCGGCCGACAUGCCCCCUCCACAGUCUCGUCUCCUUCAGUAUCGUCAAGUCCAGCCCCGAAGCCCUGGGGACCUGCCCUCACCCUCCUCAUCCAACGCUCCCAACCACAGCUCCUUCUCCGCUCCGCCCUCAUACCCCGACACCAGCCGAGAGCUGUCCAUGGGCGGCCAGCCCUUCCAACAGCACCAGGCCUUCAACCAGGCGUCCUUCUCCAUGCCACCCGAGCACACAGCGGGUCCUCUUCCGGUGAAGUACCUCCUCCAGGAGGCCCACUGGCCUCACCCCAGUCUGCCCCAGAGCCACGUGCUGGGCCACGGCUUGCCCUACGGUCUGCAGGCGAUGGCACACAGACAGGAGCAGGGCCCGCUCACGCAGGUCCAACACCAGCAGCAGAAACAGCAGCUCCAGGCCCCGCAGAGCAACCUGCACAGUGUAGAAGAGUAUGAACCACGGGGUCCUGGGCGGCCUCUGUACCAGAGAAGGAUCUCCUCCAGCUCCCCCCAGCCGUAUCCGGAUAGCCUGGAUCCUCAGGACCACCCCACACCCUCCUACAGAUACCCCACAGCAGACUUAUGGCUAGGCAACAGCGGCCCCGGCCCGGGCUCCGCUCCUCUCCACAACAUUCCAUGUAACGGAGCGAGCCACCUCGUCCUGCACAGGGACGUUUUAGUUUCAAAGGCGAUGAAUGUCGCAGAUGAACACGUCAAGCCCGAGCGUCUCCCGCAGUCACCUCACCCCGCUAGCGCCGCAGCCCUCCAGCACCACGGACAGUUCCCACCCCUCAUGCCCAGCAAACAAACCCCGCCGGAUCCAGGAGGGGGCAACACCAGUCCCGGGGGCCCGCAGAGGCCAGGCAACUCCAAGCCCCCGACCAUGUCCUACGCCAGCGCCCUCCGAGCCCCUCCAAAGCCCCGCCCGGUGCCCGAGCAGGUCAAGAAGAACAGCGACCCCAUCUCUCUGUUACAGGAACUUAGCAUAGGCAGUUCAAACAGUAGCAAUGGCUAUUACACGUAUUUUAAAUAAGUCAAUAUAUAUGAACUAUAUACACCCGAUAAAAAAAAAACGAUUGAAAAAAAAAAUAGAAUAACGAUCCAAAAAAAACAAUAAAAACGUCUUUUGAUUUUGUGGAAUAGUUAGACAAUUUGCGUUUUAUUAUUUUUUACUCGCUUUAGUACUAGUUGGUUCUUUUACAGUUUGGCAUCUGUGAUUUUACAAACCGAAUCGGCAUAUAUAUAUAUAUAUAAUAUAUAUACAUAAAUAUAAAUAUAUCAUGAAUACCAAAACAUUUUGGGAAAAAAUCAAUAACAAAAAAAGAUUUAUGAGAAAAAGAUUUUUAAAAACACCUUGAAUUGGUUGACCACUGAGCUGCCCGUCUCUCCUGUAAUUUCGUCUGCUCUCUUUGCAUCCACUCCCAGAAGUGAAACCUGUUGAAGUGAUUUUUCCCAGCUGGCAUUUUUUUAUGAUGUUUAGUUCUUGAUCAUUAUUGGUGUGUUUUCUUGUGCUUGCAGCUGAGUGGUGAACCGACUCGGAUCAAAAAUAUUAUAAAAAGUUGUAUAGAUGUAGACAGACUUUUCUCAGCCCUGUACAUAUGAAUAAAUGACUACAUGAGAUCAA